UUUAAGAGACUCUCAUUUAAAGGGACAAUAUUUUUUGUAGUAGGGACAAUAGUUUUUGAGGCACUCUCAUUCACUACCUCACAUUUGGGGCCAGUAACAAUAGUUUUUGAGGCAAUAGUUUUUUUUGUAGUAGGGACAAUAUUUUUUGUGCAGGCUUCCUUGCCAUUUCCAUUAGCAGAGGUAAGAACCUCAGGGGCAUCAUUAGUGACAAUAGCAUAUGGAGCUAAGGGAGCAAAAGUAAGAUAAACCAGGGAUAACAGGAGUAAAUCCAGCAGCAAGUACAGCUCCAAACUCCAACCCGUAUGUUGCCCAAGCAAUUCUCAAAGUUCUGGAUAUAUCAACAGCCCAAACCCAACACAAAAACCCUUAAAAUUCAGCAGCAUUCCGUGAGAAAAAGGCCACAUGUGAAGAGGUUGUCACUGUCCAAAUCACAGGAAAUAGCCUUAAUUUCAGCAGCACGUAAAAUUCAGUCCAUUGCAGGUCAAAACAGCGGCUCCAGCAAACCUUUUCAGUUCCAAUUUCCUGCCCAGGCACACAGCAAAGUAGUUGGGCAGGUUGGAGGUCCAAACAUCAGCUUUCCUAGGGGUAAUAUCCAGACAGUAGUUUUCCAAGAGUACAAACAUCAGGUCCAAACCAUUAUCACCCAUGGGCAUUGGACUGCUAGUGCAUUCAUAUGAAAGAUCAGACCAAAAUACCAAUUUAAUUUAACUGGCCACCACAUUGAACAAUCACAGGUCACGCACCAUAGCAAGCCAUCAAGAAAGAGCAACAUAAAUUGGUGCAAAAAUCCAGCAUCAAAAUCUCGAAGUAGUCUCGCCCAAUAAUCAACAAAAUAAAGCAAAAAGGAAAGGUCCAAUAAUAGCACAAAGUAGAAACAUAGUUCAUAUUGUGUACAGUAACCGCACACCCAAAAUCAGUCUUCAAUCACAAGAUUAUUCAUAUGGAAUUGUAAUCCAUGAUAAUACCUUGAUGGACGAUUUUCUCUAUCGGACAAGAGAUGGUGGUGAUAAAUGUUCUCUAUCAUACAAGAGAUGGCAUUGAUUUUGAAGAAGAUGACGGAAAUCAUCUCUAUCGGAGAAGAGAUAUUCUGAAGGCCGGGACGCGAUAGACCUAAUUGCCAAUUGGGGGCACGGGCAAUGAAAAAUCUGGAGGGAU